GAUAAGAAACCCGGAGAUAUCAGUGAUGAACUACGCGAGGCUUUGGGAAUGGUGGUGGAUGACGAGAGCAAGGCUGAAAUGCCUGUGCCGUGGCUAGUGGCUAUGCAGAGAUAUGGCCCCCCUCCGUCGUAUCCUAACUUGCGCAUCAGAGGCCUCAACGCACCCAUCCCCGAGGGAUGCUCGUUUGGGUUUCAUCCAGGUAUACAUGUAUCGUCCAUGAAUCGUCCUACACUUUAA